CAGUGCCCACAGAGGUCCCUGCUGGGACAGCAUUAGCUGGAACAGUCACUUGCACUCCAUUGUCAAAGUCAGCAUGGCCACCACAGGAGGUGAACUUUUUCUCUUGAGACACGUCAUAGAAAGUGACAUCAGGGUGUGCGGAGGUUUGGUACAGGGGAUCUACACAGGAGGUGUUUGUGAUGCCUGAGGGCAUUCAGUCUGCCAGUCCGUCCUACUUGAUCUCUGGUGAAGGUCUAAACAGAGAGGUGACCCUGAGCAUGGAGCAUCAUGUACGAGUGUCCACCCAACAAGAAGCUGAUGACCUCCUCUUUCUACAAGCUGACUCGUCUCCCAAGAGAUCUGGUUCAAAGAGUAUCUAUGAGUACCAGGAGAUACCAGAGGGAAGGUCAGAGUUCAGUCUUGGACGGAAUACCGGGAGAUUGACCAGACGUUUGUCAAAGAAGAAGUUUGUUAAGGUUGGUUUUCGAGCUCGAAUAAAGAAAUGGUUUAGAGGUUCAUCCCGACGUGCUGCCAGCCAGCCUGAUGACCCCCUAGAGCCUGAGAGUCCACCCCCUGUCUCUAACCUCUACACUGUCAGAGUCUACCGGUCUCCUCCACACAAAACUAGGGACAGGCUAGCCAUCAUUGCAGUCAGUCUCUUUGGGAGCUUAUACGCUAAGCAGAUGGAUGAAGUGGUGAUCCCACGAGACUAUCCCAAUGCGUCGAGAAAAGUAGCUGACAGGACGACUCAAGGAUCACUGACGUUUUUUGAUAUGUGUACCACUCUCAACAUUCACCCAGUGCAGGGAUGGUAUGUGGAACCAGACAAGAAAUUGAUCUCACGUAGUGAAGUGGAUCUGCCUGAUAUGGAGAAAAUCAGACCUGAGGAUCUCCAUGACUACCCUCCCAGGAUAAUUUGCAGGUUCUUCCCUGAGGAGAAUAUUCCCAAGAGAACCACCUGUACCAUCUCCUUGUCUGGACUACUGCCACUGGUUGAGUUUUACGUAUCAUUGACAGCACCUACCCCCAAAGUUGCUGUGGAUACUACUAAACUACAGGAGGCCACUGAUGAGUUGAGAAGGUCUGCCCUGGCAGUGAGUGACACACAACUUGGCUCUACUGUGAAGAGUGUAGUGUCUCUGAUGGAGAGAAUGACUGCUGCUCUGAGGUCAUCUUCUUUGAGUGAGCUGACAGGCCACACUGACUCCAUACGGACAGAGAUAGCGUCUGUCCUUGUAGUGACCAGGAGGGUUGUCGAGGAGUGCACAGUACAGAGCAUCAGUGAGAACAUGGGAGCCAGUCUCUCUAAGAUGGAGACUUUAUCUCACCAGCUUUGUCAGGUGGCCAAGGUCAAACUCAGAUACUGUCUAGACCAGUCAGAUGAGACAGCUGCUCUUGUUGACCUGGUGGAGAAUGGAGCUAAUCUGUUAAGAGCUGUGGACUGUCUACUCAGGGACAUCCACACACUCAGUGGAGUCAGUGGUAACGCUGGCUACAGUGUGCUGGUGAGCUGCAGUGAGAAGAUAGUCCAGUCACUCUCUGAGGACCCAAAGGCCUUGGCCCUCCACCUCCUGUCAGCUGGGCUCAUCACUAUGUCCAUUCUUGAGAAAACCAAUGAGUUGAAUGAGACCAAGAGAGAGAAGGCCACCAGACUGUACACUGCCCUGCUGGGUGUGGUCAAACACCACCCCCACAAGUACCACGAGUUUGUCUCCACUCUCAGACUCAACCCACUACACACUGACUUGGUCACACUAUUAGAUAGCAAGUACACGUAGUUUGUCUACACGUACGUCUAUGAUUGUUUGUACAUUUUUUUUGUUUGAUAAAAUAAUUUUGUGUCUUAA